AUGAGUGAAUCCGCUAUCAGCGCUCUGGAGGAUCUCAGUACGGAAACGUUGCGCCUUCUGCUUGAGCAGCUCGAGCCGGCCAACACGGAUGCGGGUACCGGCCCGUCGAGGCAGAGCUCGCUGACCGCCCCCGGGAUUGCCACGUCGGUAAGCGGCGACAGCACGUCCAGCAAGCGAAAGGCGGAGGAGGAGCUCUCUUCGACUAGGCGGUCGAAGAGGAUCAGACAGAAAUUACAGAGGAAACCGACCGAGCGAUCGCUACGAGAGAAGAUCCAGUACGCCUGGUGGCUCCUGGAGUCGAAUCGGACACAUCAUCCGAUCUGCGAUCCAUGCCGAAAAAUGCGCCUUCAGUGCGAGGGAAAGCCCGCCGACGGGCCGUGCACGUUUUGCGCCCGAGACGGUUACGACAGCGACUGCGUCACCUAUACCACAAUCGAGGCGUCCCGAUCACUCCCCGUCGUCUUGCGGAACCUCAAAUACCAGAUGGAGCUCCUCACCGAGCUCAUCGACAUCCACGAGCAGCUGAGGAGUCCUUUGGUGGAGAUGCUAAUCACCAUGCACGACGACCUCGCGGAGCGGUUCGACGAGCUCCUUCCGAUGCUGGGGGGCGCUGGGGCGUAA